CAGGGACAAAGCAACAUGGAAGACGAAGAAGCCCCUGCUGUAGUAUUGGAUAACGGUUCAGGUAUGUGUAAAGCUGGCUUUGCAGGAGAUGAUGCUCCUCGUGCAGUUUUYCCCUCCAUCGUUGGCCGUCCAAGACAUCAAGGAGUGAUGGUUGGUAUGGGUCAGAAGGACUCGUAUGUCGGAGAUGAAGCUCAGAGCAAGAGAGGUAUUCUGACCCUUAAAUACCCCAUCGAACAUGGAAUCGUCACUAACUGGGAUGACAUGGAAAAGAUCUGGCACCACACCUUCUACAAUGAACUACGUACAGCUCCCGAGGAACACCCAAUUUUGCUGACUGAAGCUCCUUUGAACCCCAAAGCAAACAGAGAAAAGAUGACACAGAUCAUGUUCGAGACCUUCAAUUGUCCUGCAAUGUAUGUCUCCAUCCAGGCUGUCUUGUCCCUGUAUGCUUCUGGUCGUACCACUGGUAUUGUCUUUGACAGUGGAGAUGGUGUCUCUCACACAGUACCCAUGAAAUACUCUGUAUGGAUUGGAGGCUCCAUCCUCGCUUCUCUGUCCACCUUCCAACAGAUGUGGAUCUCCAAGCAAGAAUACGAUGAAUCUGGUCCCUCAAUUGUCCACCGCAAAUGCUUCUAAUGAAUUCAAAUUAAAGUAAAUUUAUCAGUAGCGCGCUAACCAACCCAUGUAGUUAGUGAUCAGGGUAUACCGUUUCUUUCGUAACUGAAUAAACAAGAAACAAAAGUCCCGUUGUAGAAUGACAAGGUGAUCUAACAAAUAAAAUCGAGUGAUACAAACUUGAAA